AUGGAUUCUGAAGGAGAUAAGGCCAGCAGUGUGGACGGUCAAUCAGAACACGCCCUCGAAGUUAUUCCCGGAUUGGCUGCGAUUCGUUUUGUUGAUUUACCUGAGGAACUGCUCUCACCCGAGCCGAUAAUAUUUGACAAUCUCAGGAAGUUAUUGCCGCGUGCGGAUGCAGUUGUAUUUAAUUCCUAUGCGGAAGUGAACCCCGCUCCUCUAAUCUCAGACCUUAGGUCCAAUUUCCGGAAGCUGCUUAACGUGGGUUGUACCAGUGUAAAGAUUCCAACAGCAGUGCAUGUUCCGUCGAGAUUGGACCAAACUGAGUGCUUGGAGUUGCUAGAUUAUCAGCAGAAGCCAGAGUUUUGCGGAGAGGACGUGCUCCUAUGGGAAAAUUGUUCUCUGGUACCGCAAAGCCAAAUCCUCUCACAUCCAUCAACCAGGGCGUUUAUAUCACACUGGGGGUACAGUUUAGUGUUUGAGAGUGUCAUCGGCGAAGUUCCCAUAAUAUGCAUACCCCAAUGGAUCGAUCAAUUCACUGAUUCAAGGAUGGUGGAGGACGUGUGGGGGAUAGGAGUGAGAGUCGAAGUUCGUACAAUUAGUAAGAAUGGGAUGGUUAAGUGCUUGAAGAUGAUUUUGGGAGAUGGCGGAGGAGGAAAGAAGAUGAGAGAAAAGAUUAAGGCUAUCAAAGAGGCGAUAAUGGAGCCCGUUGGCCCCAAUGGGGGUGCUUCCAAAGAUUUCAAGAGAGCUUGGCGGAGCUGA